AUGGAAUCUCGAGACUAUAUGAAUCUCUCCACCGACAAAGCCUUUCCUAAGCUUUUAAAUCCAGGAGAAUCCCUUCUCAUGAGUCUCAAAGUGAUAAAAUUUAACAAGCGAAAUAAAGCCCAGGAACGCACAAUUGCACUGACCUCAACAUCUCUUCUCAAUUUAAAAGGAAAAAAGCUCCAAAGAAGAAUGGACAUCACCUCUUUAGGAGGCAUCACUCGCAGUAAGCACGGCGAUGAAUUUGUGUUGCAUUCUCCAUCAGAGUACGACUAUAGGUUUGGCUCUCCACUUAAGGACCAAGCUAUUCAAACUCUUUGCCAGGCUUUCAAAAACUUAACAGGACGUACUCUUUAUGUGUGAGAGUCCAACGAAAUCAGUUUGAAAGACCUUACAACUACUAAAAGUGACAAGAAAAAAGGCCUCAACAAAAUGCCUGCACCUGAAACUGCAAUCAAUUUCAGAGGCGAAGUUCCGAAUUUUAAUGAGGAGUCUAAAGAUUCUCGCGGAAAGCGAAGCAGAACCAUUUUUGCUGCCACAGAAAAUCCGUCUGCAGCACUUUUAGAUGAUUUUACUAUACUAAAAGUAUUAGGAAGAGGAAGCUUUGGGAAAGUGAUGCUUGUAAGAAGAAAAGAUAAUGGACAGCUUUAUGCAAUGAAAAGUCUAUACCAUUUAAAUAGAUUAGUUACUAUAAGCCUAUGGAUUCUUAUUAUCAAUAAAGAGUUAAGGGUCAGUUUUAAAAGUAAUUAGUCUUUAUAAUUGAGUAUAAGAAAAGAUGCAUUACUUGAAAGUGAUCAAGUUGAGCAUACAAAAACAGAAAAACUUAUUUUGCAGCAUAUAAAUCACCCUUUCUUAGUCAAACUCGAAUAUGCGUUUGCAACAUCUACGAAAAUUUAUUUUGUGAUGGAAUUCAUGAAAGGUGGGGAACUUUUCUACCAUUUGAGAGAAGCCAAAAGAUUCCCUGAAGACCGAGCCAGAUUUUACGCUGCACAAGUAGGGCUUGGACUUGGUCAUCUUCAUGAGCAAAAUAUUGUAUAUCGAGACCUUAAACCUGAAAACGUCCUUAUGGACGAGUUUGGGAAUGUUUAUUUAUCUGACUUCGGCAUGGCAAAAAUGCUGGGAGAAAAUGGAUCGACCCAAACCUUUGUAGGAACUCCUGAAUAUGUAGCCCCUGAGAUCAUUUCAUGUGCUGGCCAUAACAUAACAGCAGAUUGGUGGAGUUUUGGUGUAUUAAUGGCUCUUUGCACUGAUAAUUUAUAAAUCAUUUAGCCUAAAUUACUAAUUUUGCUUUUCAUGAGUUUGCUUUUAUACUUUUUUUUUUCCAUAUCGGAAAUUAUUUAAAAAAAUAGGCAAAAUGCUUUUUCCUUAAAAGUAGCAUAUUAAGUAUUAAUUUAUGAAAUGAUAGUCGGAAUUCCUCCAUUUUACGACCAAAACGUAAAUCUAAUGUAUGAGCUGAUUCAAAGAGGAAAAUUGAAGUUCCCUGUAAAAUCCCCUGUUUCAGAUAAUGCAAAAGAUAUCAUAACAAAACUCUUAGACAGAGACCCGACAAGAAGACUGGGAGCUCAAGGCUUCAAUGAAAUUAAAAACCAUCCUUUCUUUGCCCCAAUUGAUUGGGUAGCAUUGGAAGCAAAAAGAUUACCGACUCCAUUUACUCCAAGAAUCACGGAUCCACUCCAAGCUGAAAACUUUGAUAGAGAAUUCACUGACGAAGCUCCAACGGAUUCGGUGAUCCCAGAGAACAAGCUGAAUAUGAUUUUGCAAAAUCAAGAGCAGUUUCAAGCAUUUCAUUAG